GCUCAGUUGCUUGAUGGAACGCGACGUGCUCACACCGAAAACUAGAACUCUACUCUGAUAAGAAACGGCUGAGGAACAGCUCCAAGUUAUUUUGACCUCAUACAGAGAAAGAUAAGACAUUGUUGGGUUUCGCCCGCUUACAGGUGAAAACAUGACUGCCAACGGGAAUGGAACCGCUCAGGUUUUGGGAGCCGGCAUCGAAAUCGUGGCGGAACAGAAGCUCCAGCCGGAGUCCAAGAUUUACGAGCGCGUGCAGCAGCUGGUGGCCUUUUUCAAACAGCAAUUCGCAGCGGAUCCAGAGUUUAUAGUUCGAGUGCCGGGCAGGGUCAACAUUAUAGGCGAGCAUGUGGACUACUGCGGCUACUCGGUGCUCCCCAUGGCAGUCAGCCAAAGCAUCUUCCUGGCAGUGGCCAAAAAUCCGGAUGACAGCGAACUGCAGCUCAGGAAUCUGGAGGAGGCCAAGUUUCCGGGCUACGAUGCCGACCUGAAAACGCUCAGAAUCGAGUUGCCAAAAACUGGAGGUCCCGCCUGGUACAACUAUUUCUUGUGCGGCAUCAAGGGCGUUCAGGAGAGUCUUGGCAGCCAGUGGAAGCCCAUAGGAAUGCGCAUUGCCGUGGACGGUAAUGUGCCGCUGGCUGCAGGACUCUCCAGUUCCAGUGCCAUGGUCAGCUCCGCUGUUCUGGCCACUGCCCAAGUGCAGGGCAAGAAGCUGGACCGCCGGGAGCUGGCUUCGAUUUCGGCCAAGUGCGAGCAAUACAUUGGCACCCACAGCGGUGGAAUGGAUCAGGCCAUUGCCUACUUGGGAAGAGUAGGCUGCGCCCACCACAUCGAGUUCCAUCCCAAGCUCAAGGGCACGCCGGUGACAUUGCCAGCGGGCAAGUGCUUCGUGGUCGCCAACAGCCUGGCGCAGAAGAACAAGGCUGCUUCGUCGGACUACAAUGAACGCGUGGUGGAGUGCCGACUGGCCACACGAUGGCUGGCCAAGCACAAGGGUCUGAUCAAUUGGGAGGACAUCGUGCGCUUCAUCGAUCUGGAGGAGGCUUGCCAAAUGGAUAACGAGACGUUCGAGCAGCUGAUCAAGGACACCUUGACCAAGUGGAACUACACGCGAGCGGAUAUCUGCAAGGAGCUGGGAGUCACCGAGCAGGAACUGGAGACCAAGUUCCUGUCCGCCAACACGCGGCACAUGGAGCAGUUUAAGCUGCGUCAACGUGCUCUGCAUGUCAUUCAGGAAUCCGGUCGCGUGGCCAAAUUCCGGAAGAUAUGUGAACAACUGGCCGCCGGACCGAGCAAGGAAGGUGCCAAGCAGCUGGGCGAGCUAAUGCGACAGUCGCACGAGAGUCUUCGGGAGCUCUACGAAUGCUCCCAUCCAGAUGUGGAGCGCCUGAUUGCCAUAUCCAAUGAGCAGAAUGUCAGUGCUCGCGUCACAGGAGCUGGUUGGGGCGGCUGUAUAGUGGCCAUGUGCGAUUCCAUUGAAGCGGCCGACGAGUACAUAAAGGCUCUGAAGCGGGACUACUACGCCAAUCUACCAGCGCAUCUGCUGGAGCGCCAUCAGCCCAACAACUUCAGCGAAGUUGUUUUUGCCACUCUACCGGGAAACGGAGCCGAGUUGUUUAUACAGUAA